GAAGUGAAAGUGUUGUGUAUGAAGGAAUUCUUGAUGGCAAAAAAGUUGCCAUCAAAAAACCCAUCUUGUCUACUUCUGAAGAUAUUGAUAAAUUCCACAAAGAAUUGCAGUUUUUAUGGUGAGGUUGGACAAUCCCUAAGAGGCAGGGAAGGGGAAAUAAAUACUUGCUGCAGGUGGUGAGAAUUCUCACAACGGGUGCAAGGGAGAAUCAUCAACCUUUAGGCCAACCCAUAAUCUCAAUAAGUUUUUUUUUUCUUUUUUUUUAAUUUUUUUUUUUAAGUUCUUAGGUGCUCAAACACUUAAUUGUUAACUUCAAAGUUGUCGAGAAAACAAUGACUUUAACUUUCCAUUUUGCCUUCUUGAGCCAAUUAUUCUCAAUGUAUUUGAGUUCACUUUUGUUCAAGUUUAAAAGUAAGGUUGUGUAAAUUCGAUUUCUCAAAACCCCGCUUUGGCGGGAGCUAGUUAUGGAAUUGGAGUAAUGAAAUGAAUGUACUGGAAUGGAGUUGAACAUGUUCUCUUCAACUUAUUUAAGUUCAAUUCAAGUCAAUUCGGUUUAGUUUAGUUUAAGUUCACUGUUGGAUAGAACAUAUUUCAUACCCUUAGCCUUAAUGGCUUAAUGGGUACGUACAGUAUUUAUCUAUUUAUAUUCGUUAUCUUGGGUGUUGGAAUUUGAUUAGGAAUUGUUUUAUAUAUGCAUUGUUACCAUGAAGCAUGUGUAUAAGUCUUUUCGAGUUUUCGUUGUUCCAUGUCUAACGAGAACAUUUGAGAGCAGAUGGCUGUGGAGUAGGGGUAGUUCGUUUGCUUGUGCAUUUAUUUUAGAAAGAAGUAGCAUUUGAUAUUUAAUUCCUUGCAGUUUGAUAGUUGUUUUGUGUAUAAUUUGAUGUGAAGCAAAUUGGAUCAUCCGGGACUUGGGAAGCUGAUAGCAGCCCAUGCUAAGCCACCUAAUUACAUGUUCUUUUUUGAAUUCUACGAGUUGGGUAAUCUUGCUCAUAAGCUACAUUCUGAGGAGUGGAGCCCGAGUAUUGACCAGGCCCUUGUCAUCGCUCUCCAGCUAGCGGAGGCUCUGCAGUAUCUACACAACCUUGGGAUUGUCCACAGGGAUGUCAAACCGGCAAAUAUUCUUUUAGGAGAAAAUUUCUCUCCUUGUCUAGCGGAUUUUGGCCUGGCGGAGUACAUCAAAGAUCUUAAAAAGUCUUCUUUCCUGAAUUGGAAAUCAUCGGGAAAACCAACUGGAGGAUUUCACAAGAAAAACAUGGUUGGGACUCUUAUUUACAUGGCUCCUGAAAUCUUAAAGAAGGAGAUACACACCGAAAAAUCAGAUGUCUACAGUUUUGCUGUAUCAGUCAAUGAGCUACUCACAGGCAUCGUUCCAUACACUAAUCUUCGUGCAGAAGCUGAGGCCCAUACUGUGUUGGAAAUGAGCUACACCGAGCAGAAACUCAUUGCAGCGGUGGUGUCUGAUGGAUUGAGGCCCGUUCUUGCGGUUUCUGAGUUAGGUGCACCUUUGCGCUUAUUGUCAUUAAUUAAGCAAUGUUGGGGUCAGGACCCCAACAAUAGGCCUUGUUUCACAGACAUAGUUGCUGAACUUUCUUCAAUUCGGGACGAAGUAAAAAAUGCGGAAGUAAAGAAAAUUAUAGUUCCUGAACCAACUAUUUCUGCUCAGCUGUCUAUAGAGAACAACCCAAGUUCUCAAAUAUACGGAGGCAGUGUUAACUGGUCUACUCAGGGUGCAGAAAUCUCGUCGGAGAUUUCUAUUGUUGGAGCUUUGAACACGUCAACUUCAUAUGAUUUUUUGAAUGAUGAAUCCUCAUACAAGCCCGUGCUGUCUUGGGGUUCCUUUGCAGCAUGUGGCCAGAGGGAGACAAUGGAAGACACUCAUUUUCUUAUCCCUGGGAUUUGUGAUCUGAAGGAUGUCUAUUUGUUUGGUGUCUUUGAUGGACAUCGAGGUGCUGCUGCUGCUGAAUUUUCUGUUCAAGCUUUACCAAAAUUACUCCAACAUUUUUAUUCCAAUGGCAUCAGCCCUGCUGAAUCUCUGAUAAAAGCAUUUGUCGAGACUGAUAAUGCAUUCAGAAGUGCACUGGAUUCCCAUCGUAAAUUCAAGGGAUUAAUUAAGAAAGAUUGGCACCCGGGUUGUACAGCAAUAGCUGCUUUUCUCGUCAAAAGUAGGCUUUACAUUGCAAAUGCCGGGGACUGUAGAGCUAUUUUGUGUAAGGCUGGCCACUCUAUUGCUCUAAGCAGGGAUCAUGUGGCGAGCUGUCUUGAGGAGAGAGACCGCGUAGUUAAGGAAGGGGGAGCGGUCACAUGGCAACUGGAUACAUGGAGGGUUGGUCCUGCAGCUCUUCAGGUUACACGCUCCAUUGGUGAUGAUGAUCUCAAGCCUGUCGUUACUGCAGAACCUGAAAUAUUGGAGACACCCCUUUCACCAGAAGAUGAGUACCUGGUUAUGGCAAGUGAUGGCUUGUGGGAUGUGAUGAGCAAUGAAGAGGUGGUGAGCAUAAUUAGGGACACAGUUAAAGAACCCAGUAUGUGCGCCAAACGAUUGGCGACAGAAGCCGCACAGCGCGGUAGCAAGGAUAACAUAACUGUGAUCGUGGUGUUUCUUCGUCCAGUCACAACAGCCGAGAGGAUUUAUUAACACCGUAUACCUUUCUUAUUUAUCUUUUGACCUCAUUGAUGAGCUUUGCAAUUUCCCGAUGAUCCAUUUAGAUUUUUUUUGUAAUGAGAAUGAAUUGGUAGAACAUUGAAGUUCCGUCAAUCUGCUAGCUUGUAUCGAAAAGUAACCGGAGUGUUAUCGAAAAGUAAGGUUGCAGUUUGCGUGCGUUUCACGCCUAUAAAGUUUGCCAAUCAAAGGGUGUAAGUGUUAUAUAGUAUGUAUAUCUUUUAGCAUCUUUUGGAAAUAGCAAACACAAUAAUUUGUAUGUAUCAAUAGUAUUCAAGUAUCUUUUGAGUUAUAUUCAUUGUAUUUGUAUUUAUAUAUUUGCUUAUCCACAAGGAAUACAAUUUAACUUUUUAAUCA